AUGGCUGACCUUCCAGACUCCAACCUGUUUGCCAACGAACCGAAUCCGAAAAUGGGUAAAAGGAGCAGAGAAGCUGAUAGCAAAAACAACAGCAAGCAUCCGAUUUAUAGAGGAGUUCGGAUGCGGGCAUGGGGGAAAUGGGUAUCCGAGAUCCGAGAACCCAAGAAGAAGUCUCGGAUCUGGCUUGGUACCUUCUCUGACCCGGAAAUGGCGGCACGUGCACACGACGUCGCUGCACUGUCCAUAAAAGGAAAGUCGGCGAUUCUUAACUUCCCCGACCUCGCCGGAAUUUUACCCCGACCGGAGUCUUGCUCACCACGUGACGUCCAGGCGGCGGCCACCAAAGCUGCCGCCAUGAACCACCUUAACCCAACCCCAUCCACACCCUCCACGUCAUCUUCAUCGUCGUACUCCGCCGUCUCCACUCUAACGUCGGAGGAGGUGUCAACUGGGUCACCGCCGGCGGAGGAGUUGGAUGAGAUAGUGGAACUACCGAGUUUGGGAGAGAGUUAUGACUCCGCCGAGUCAAGAAACGAUUACGUGUUUGUUGACUCGGGAUGGGACUACUACUCAUCGUCGACGCCGUGGCCGGAGAAUUACGACGGUGGGUAUUUCGCCGGAGAGCCGUUGUCCAUAUUAUCCUCCGAUACCUUCUUUCCCGACGCCUUAUCAUGGCAACAUUCUUAA